CUGAACUUUGAUGUCAACCGACAAUAUCAUAUCUAUUCUCUUUCGCAUGAAGUGGAUAUCAGUGGCAGUCGUUUCAUACCGGAACCACACUUCGCUAUACGUUAUUUGUUACGCGAUUACGCUGUAUUCGUUCUAAUAUUUGUUAGGUAAGCCAACUACAAACACGGCAUCUACACUUCAUACAUCACGGUCGCUAACGCGAAAACUACGAUGACUAUCAGUACACAGUACAUUUGACAACUCAAUUUUUUAUCGACUGUUAUACUGCUAAGUAUUAUUAUUUAGGAUCACCAUGGCACCUCGCAGAAAAGUGACCCUGAGACAAAUGGAGCUGCUUCUUGAGUUCGUCCAUUCCCAUCGCAACAUAGCGUUGGGCCGGCCUCCGCCAGGUCCUCGGGGAGUGCGCGAGACUCGAGAAGCAUGGCGAUCAAUCUCAGCGUCACUUAACUGUAUCCUCGGUGGGGCGCGCAAAACGUCGGAUCAAUGGCGCAGGUACUGGAUUGAAUACAAGGCCAAAACCAAGAGUAAGGCAGCAGACUCACGCAGGAGUGCAUCUCGAACUGGUGGUGGGCCUAACAAGCUGGUUCCUCUUAAUUAUAUAGAGAAAAAGGUGCUGGCUUUGUUGGGCCCUGUUGUGGUUGAGGGAUUGCCUGGUGUGCGCUUGCCAAAAGACAUAUUGUCACUUGGUGACCCACUCAGCUCCCAGCCAUCAACGUCAGGAACGCCUACAAAUGCCUCACAGCCUCCAGCCUCUCCUAAGCCGUCAUCCUCUACCUAUAAUGAGCAGGCAAUGAAGGUUGAAUGGCUUGAUGACUGUCUCCUGUCUGAUGCAGAGGAGACGCAGCCUGUGGAGCAGAUGCCUGCUGCAGAGGCUGUGGAGCAAAAACCUGCUGCACGGGAGGUGGAGCCCCCACUAUCCAGUGAGGCUGCUGAUAAUCCCAGAGAGGGGUCAAUACCACGUUGGGCCUUUGACAUGGAGUUGAGGCGCAUCCAGGUGGAGACCAGACUAGUCGAAGCAGUGGAGGGCAUACUUGGGGUCUUGAAAGACAUUCGGGACGACUACCGUCGGCAAACAUACCGGAGAUGAUUACUACCUCAUUGGUCCAGUGGUCACUCUGUGAAAACAAUGUAUCCUUCACUCACCCCCUCUAACUUCGAGGGUCCAAAGUUAGAGGUGUUUGAAAAAUAUGAACUAAGUUUGUAAUUUAACCGUAUUUGCAAUUAUUUCAAUUUCGGUUACAUGAUUUUUUACCUUAGAUUUUGCAGUGUGGUCCAACACGCUCUUGGCCGUUUUUUUUUAAACUAACUUUUGAAACAAAAUUUUGCUACUUGGGUUCUUUGCCACUAGGCCAUCACGAUUGGAUGGAAUCUGCAGUUAAUGGAAGAAAAUACGAGUUUGUGUGAAAUUUAAUGUAAAAAGGCGGGAAUUUCCUAGUAUGGUGUUGCCAAAUGAGUAAUUAUUGUUGCUAUAAAAAAAACACUAAAUUGGUAGAAAAACCUUUAAUAUUAGUUUCAACAAGUUUCAAUUAGCCUAAUUUACAAUGUUAUUUUUAAAAUAACAUUAAAUACAAAUCACAAUCAUUUUGUGGAGUUUUCUACUGUCUAGUCCUAUUGUUAUACAAUGGCACAAUAUUUCGGACUGAAUUAGAAUUUUAAGAACUUUCAGAUCAAUUGAUAAGAUGUCGCUGCAUUUUGAAUGGUAAUUUAAAACCCCUUGAAGCAAUUAGGGGAUUGUCAUUUUUUGUUGAAUAAAGAUAUAAGCUUGUAUCUUUGUUUCUUUUAAAUAUAAAAGACUCCUUACAUAAAACCUAAAUUCUACUUCUUACUUAGGAACCUGAAGAGAAUUACGGAAGAUUUUUUUUUCU